AUGGUUUUCAUCGUUAUGGCAUGGGCCAUCACGUUUACGGCAAUCUGUACCCUGAUUAUCUGCUUAGGCUUUGGCCCAGUUGGGAUUGGUGCAGGAACAUUCGCCGCUGCGUUUCAGUCGUACAUGUAUGGAGCCUUUACCCCAGCCGGAGGGAUCUUUGCGACGCUCACCAGCAUGGCGAUGCUGGGUAUUUUGAUGCCAGCCACAGCUAUCCUGGCUGCUGUGGUUGCCACAGGAGUGGCGAUACUCGUAUGGGUCUUGGGGAUUAGCCGAUCAUGA